AUGGAUGAGUCGGUCCACCCUGACACCAAGAAAUAUUUCGUUGAAGCAAUCAAAAACUUCCUGGAGACGACCAACACUGCUGGACUCGAGGCAUUGGCUAGUCGUCUGGCUCCUUACACGAUUCAAGCGGCUCCGCCUGCGGUGAUAACCGACGGUCCGGCACAACCGGUGCUAAUUCUAAUCGUGGAGGAAAGUACGCAAUACCCCGGUUCGGCGGGUGAGUUACCUGAUGUGGUCCGCCUGGACUCCUGUCCAAGUGGCUUUCCAGAGGCUUGGGACUUGCAACUAUGUAUGGACACGUCGCAGGAGAGUAGAGUAGAGACAAUUCCGUCUGGAGAUGAAUUUGAAUACCUCGGGGAUCCUGUGAAUAAUAUGGACUUCUCCGGCUCUCUUUCGCCAUAUUCUCAGCCUCCUCAAGAUCUUCUACAGAGCCCGGUCCAUCUGUCAAACUUCAGUAAUACGAACCAACCCGAUCACCACAUCACUGGCCCUACGAGUAGCCCGUCUGGGGCUAGCGUUCACGACACAUACAAUUCUCCUUCAUUAUUCUACAACCAGCACCCAUCCCCACUCACAGAGCCCGACGGCGCCUCAACAGUAUCGCCAAGAAGCUCUGAACAGUCUUUAGUUCAUCCAACGAGUCAGGGUCAAACGCCGCACUUACCAGAAGUUCUGACCGGGUCGCCCGUACAGAAUGCCUACAUAAGAGCAGAUUACGCCGAAUACCUAAUAUCGAAUCUGUCCCGGUGGCAGAGUAGUGGCAUAUGGCACCAAGAGACAGUCGUAUUACCCAACCAACGACAUACCAAAUACGACCGGUUAGCAGACGCCUACUCGUGCAUCUGCCAACUGGAACCUCGCAUGGGCGAUGACCCGAUCCGGAAUCGGGCAGCCCUAAUUCAACUCCACACAGAAUACGAAAACAUAAACCAAACAGAAGAGUGCGGAGAUGGGCCCACGCGACGCGGUAGAGGCCAUGCUUCUCUAAUAGUCGAUCGACUACUUGACGAGAUCCACCCGGAGUGGUCGACGUGUGACGAACAGCGACGGUCGAAUUUACGCGCGAGAUUCCAUAACCGCAAGCGCUUCGGGAAGCGAUGGGCGGUGCUUACUCGACAUUUGGGCCCUGCAGUUUUGUUUCUUUGCUCGCGUAAGCUGGAGAAGAUGGUGAAAAACACCGUUGUCACAGUCCAAUUUCUCGAGCAGAUCAGUGAACACAUUGCAGGCAAUUGUCCAGAUGUCGUCGAGCUUCUAAAUACCCUAAACCCGCUAGCGACCGAUCUGAUCCAGAAUCGAGAUCUCAACGCACAUAAUAUAAACAGCACAAUAGAAUAUCUCUGGAGGGGUCAUUCCGAGGGGUUAUAUGAUUCGGGUUUGGGAUACCUCUCACCUCAUGUAUAG